UCCAGACUCCUCAAUCCACGAACGCCAAAGGCAACUUAGAAGUUAGGAGUUUCAUGAUUAGGCCCGUCUCCAGUCUGCAGUGAGGCAUGUCUCCCAUUCUCCCAGAUCUUUCAACAGUCACCAACAGCCAUCUCACCGGCUCUGCAGCGGGAUGGCCGAGGUGGACUCGAGCUAAGCUUGGGGAUCCUGGAAACAGCCUGCUGCAUUCAGAGCCAGAGGACAUGAGUUCGAAUUGUGCUCCUGCCACUAACUUCUAUGCAAGCUUCGGGGAAGACGCUUUUCCUCUCUGGGCCUCAGUUUCUUUCUCUGUAUGAAGAGGGGGAAUCGAAAGAGCUGGCGCCUCCUGGGGCAGCAACCAGCACCCCCAGCAACCUCCUGCCAGGCCGAGGCCAGCGCGCCGCGGAGGCGUCUGGGAAAUAGAGGACUCGAGACGCGGAGGAUUCUGGGCAUCGUAGUUCGCGGGCCGUCUGCGCACGCGUGCUUCCUCAGUGAGAUGGAGCGCCGGCCGCCUUUGUUGGCUCGUAGCCGGCUCCGCUCGCUUGGAAGAGUGGAACACUAGGCCUGAGGCUAAUAAAUCAACUCCAAAAGAGUAAAUUUCUGAAGAAAGAUCAUCAGAUGGUAGUAAUGGAAUCACAGGAUAGUCCCUCUGACUCCACUUUAAGAGAAACCCAGGAAUGUGAUGCUUGGUUAAAGAAGCAACUGGUAAACGAAGAGAUGGAUCUGAGGCAAGCAACAGUCCUCCACAGUGAAAUUCCUGGAGAAAGAGGUCAUGAAUGUAGUCAGUUUGGGAGAAAAUAUAGUCUGAAGUCAACCCUUGUUACAACACAGAAAGUUCCUAUAGAAAAAACACUAUAUAAAUGUGAUAUACAUGGAAAGAACUUCAAACAGAAUUCAGAUAUAAUUAAACAUCAGGGAAAUACAGAGAAGAAAACAUAUAAAUGUAAUGAAUGUGAAAAAGUUUAUAAUGACCACUCAACCCUUACUCAGCAUUAUAUAAUUCAUACUGGAGAGAGACCCUACAAAUGUAAUGAUUGUGGAAAAGCAUUCAGUCGGAGCUCAUCCCUUAAUAAGCAUCAGAGGAUACAUACUGGAGAAAAACCCUAUGAGUGUAAUGAAUGUGGGAAAGCCUUUCUUCAGAGCACGCACUUUAUUCAACAUCAGAGAAUUCAUACAGGAGAGAAACCUUAUGGGUGUAAUGAAUGUGGGAAAUCCUUCAGUCAAAGCUCCUAUCUCAAUCAACACCAGAGAAUUCAUACUGGAGAGAAACCCUAUGAAUGUAAUGAUUGUGGUAAAAUGUUCAGCCGGAGUGCACACCUUACUCAACAUCAGAGAAUUCAUACUGGAGAGAAACCAUUCAAAUGUGAUGAAUGUGGAAGAGCCUUUAGUCGCAACUCCUCCCUUUUUGAACAUCAGAAAAUUCAUACUGGAGAGAAACCCUAUGAGUGUAAUGAAUGUGGCAAGGCCUUCAGCCAGAGCACACUCCUUACUCAACAUCACAGAAUUCAUACUAAUGAUAAAUCAUAUAAAUGUAGUGAAUGUGGGAAAGCCUUCAGCCGGAGUUCAUGCCUUUCUAAACACCAGAGAAUCCACACUGGAGAGAAACCUUAUAAUUGCAAUGAAUGUGGGAAAGCUUUUAGCCAAAGCUCAUGCCUUUCUAAACAUCAGAGAAUUCAUACUGGAGAGAAACCCUAUGGAUGUGAUAUAUGUGGGAAAGCUUUUAGUCAGAGCACACACCUUACUGAACACCAGCUUAUUCACACUGGAGAAAAACCUUAUGAAUGUGUUAAAUGUAGAAAAACGUUUAGUCGUAAGUCAUCUCUUCUUGAACAUCAGUUUAUUCACACUGGAGAAAAACCUUAUGAAUGCAUUAAAUGUGAGAAAACAUUUAGCCGAAAAUCAUCUCUUAUUGAGCAUCAGUUUAUUCACACUGGAGAGAAACCCUAUAAAUGUAAUGAAUGUGGGAAAACCUUUAGCCAGAGAUCAUGCCUUUCUAAACAUCAGAGAAGUCAUACUGAAGGAAAGCACUGUGAACUUAAUGAUUCAUGAAAUCAUUGAUGUGAACUAGAAUCUCAUAAAAUUUCAGUUAAUUCAUAUUUGGGAAUAACAUUGGGAAUCCAGAGACUGGGGAAAGCUAAGUUAGACUUGUCAUUUUGCUAAAUACCUGAGAGUCCAAGCAACAGGUUUUUUUUGGUUUGUUUUGUUUUUUUACCAACUGUGCUGUUGUAUAGGGAUUUGAAAAAAGACAAAAGUGUUUCUAUAAAACAUUAGCUUUCAUUUCAUGGUUAGUCAUUCAAAUCUUAUUGAGCAGAAUGCUCCAAAACGCAAAAUAGUGACAACUAAAUACCAACCUUUCUAAUAGCAAAAACAAACAAAUAAAUAAAUAAAACAUUUUUAAUUUUAAACAAACUAAUGAAACGUGAAGAAAGCCCUUUAUAGUGAAACAAAUAUUAAAUACAUUCAAGUUUGUGUCCAAAUAUAUUUGUAUGUCUAUCUGCUUAUCCUCUCUAGCACCAAAGCCUGUCCAUAGCUUUUAUAUAUAUACCCAUUCAACUUAAAAAUAAGUAAACCAACUCAUUCUGAGCCUAUCUUUGGAUUCAGAACUGUGGCCCUUUGUUUUGUAUAAGUUCUUGUCCAUUAUUCCAAUCGCACCUUCUAAGCAUUAUUUUAAGCCAUGCAAGGCUCAGGAUACCCUCAUUUGUUCCAUGUGAAUCCUAACUCAUAGCAUUCAACGUUUCCCCAUAAUUUCUUGCUUUUGCUAAAAGGAUCAUUCCUUACUUUUCCCUCCUUUCCUCAUUUUUUACACAUAAUGAGAUGGCUUGAAGCAUUACAGAGCAGAAAAUUAAACAGUUACAUUAAAUUGUCCAUGUUAAUGACUCACAUUUCUCUGAUUCUUGAAGUUUUGCACAGUCUUUCUUUACCCCUGUCAGGACAUACAUUAUUGCUACUCACAAGAGUGGUGUUCCAUACACUUGCCCCAAUAAUUACAGAAGACCUGGACUUCUGAGUUGAAUCAGUCAGAGGUAUGAGCAAGGCCUGGAUGUUUCUAUUGAGUCGGUCAUCCCACCUCAUUCAAAAUGAAUACCUUAACCAGGUGAGAACACAUUAAUCAGUCAAGGGCAUUUGAUUAUGUCUGGAAAGUCACUUCAUAGGAGUCAAGGCCCCUGGAUACAAUAAAUCCAUACUGCACAGAAGUAUUGGGGCUGGCUGAGGAGACUCAGUGAUGCCCUGUGAAUCUUAUAUAAAAGAGCAGACCAGUUUCAACCCAGAAUUUGAGUGUCUGGAAAUAUAGAGAAGAGAAGAGUUCCCCAAGUCCCUGAGAAAGAAUCAUUGAGGGAAGGGGGUAGAGAGUGAAGGAGAAGAUCUUCUGUUACCUUCCCUCCUCCAUGACUUAACAAGAGGAAGACCUUGUGAACUUUGAGAGGUUGGAGGAUGUGGGCAUUCCAUCAGAGAAAACCAAUAACUGAUGGUAGUGUCUGCUUUGGAGACAACCACAAACUAUACUAGCUUCAGGACUCUAUAAGAAGCCCAGCAGAAAGCUAUGCCAUUCUUACAAAGGAACCUCCUGAAGCCACACAAAGGGGAGAAAAGUACUUCCAGGAAAGUGACUCCAGACCUGUGAGAUUUCCCUUUUCUGUGUCGUGUAUUCUUGCUCCAUUUUCCCUGGUUCCAUAUGUGCUUGUGAUAGUGUACCCCCACUCAGAGGGGAUGUUUUGUACCAACUGUUUUUAAUAGACCACUUUGGUAAAUACCUAUUUCUAAGAGCUAAUUAAGUUUGGCCAAUAACCAAUGGAAAGCUACUGGUGGAGGCUUGAGCUCUACCAGAGGAACACACCAGCAGCACUUCCCAACCCUUCAGUAUGUCUUAGAAUUCUUAGUGGAGCAGCUGCCCUCUAGAGACCAGCCCACCAGUGGGAGUGGGAGUUUGCAACAUGUGCAACAAUUCCCAUUUUACAGCUCUGUAGAAUUGAGAUGUAACUAAAGUCACACAGAUAAUGUCAACGAGCGAAUCUUUAAAUUUCAAAACUGAAAAUAACUAAAAAGAAAAGGAUUUGUGUUCACAAAAGGUGGCUUUUGAAAUUGUUGAGAUAUUUGAAAUACUUAGAAAUUCUAGGAAGCCCAGAAGAUUCUGGAAAGCAGAUGAAUUAAAAGGACAAAGAAUAGUCCAUUAUAUGGGAGUGCUUCCUAUUAAAGAGUUGGAUUAUAGAUGGACCCCUCCCUCUGUAUGGAGUUAAAACAUUUUGACCCAGAGGCACAAAUCUCAGUCCAAAUCCUUUGGUUUUUCCCAGACCUCCCCCAGGCUCCUUAAAAGGACCUCCAAAUGACUGAAGCUGCUUCUUGAUAAAAGAGUUUACAUGCCUUCCAGUACCUCAUGUCUAUUAUUCAAGGGCCUCAUUCCUUGGUUGAUGAAUUUUUCACAGGGGUGCUGCUCAGAAAUCCUGCGAACUGUGCCAGGAUAUUGCAGCUAGUCUCUUCCCCUACCCUCCCACCCCCUUUCUGUUUGGAAGCAAAUAUUUUGAGGACAGGUCUCUUCACUCAGAUAUCUCCUAUUUGGGUUUUCAUAUGACAGUCUUUUCUCUGGUUGUGCCCUUAGUGGUUGAAAUCACACCACUACUUUCACCUUGUCUGUCUUCAGCUUUGCGUGCUUAGACACUGGUUUGAGUACAUAUUUAAGCUAAGGCUAUGUAUUUAACUUCUUUACGAAAGGACCUCAAUAAAAUGUUGAAACUCA